AUGCUUGAAGACGUGCCUGCCGUGGUGGUCGACCCCGGAACGACUUGGACCCGUUGCGGUUUGAGCAGUGACCUGACUCCCCGCUAUACCGUCCCUUCUGCAUACGCCAAAGAUGGAAAUGAUUUGCCCAGAGUUUUCGGCGACGGUGUCUAUUCCUACACGCCGUCUCGCGAGAUCUUUACUCCCGUCAUGGACGGUGUGGUCUACGACUGGGACUCGGCUGCGGCUCUUUGGUCGCAUCUUGGCGAGCGGAUGGGAUGCAAUCUGAACGAACAGCCGCUUUCGGUCGUUGAAAAGGCGUGGGCUCCCGCGGAGUCACGCGCUCCAGCCCUCGAAGCUGUGUUUGAGGGUCUGGGCGUGCCAUUAUUCACGUUGGCAAAGGCCCCUCUCUGCGCUGCGGUCGAAAGCUUCCGCACAACCGCUUUGAUUGUCACAAUAGGCAGUGGCAGAACUUCUGUUGUUCCUGUCCUCGACGGUGUGGUCGCUACAAAGGCUAUACUUCAUAGCCGAUUUGCAGGUGACUUUUUGGACGCUCACAUCCUGGCUAGCUUCCAGGCAAGCCAGAUCGAUGCUGCUCCCAGAUACCAAAUCAAACAACGAGCCAUCGGUUUGGACGUAGGUGAGCCGUCGCCUUAUGCAAAGGGCCCGCAGGGAACACCAUCUUUCCACCAGUACCAACAGGCCCGGAUUGUGCAACGAUUCAAGCAAGUAACCGCGGAGGUGUCGCCUUUCCCCUUGAAUAAUCCAGGAAGUGGAGCUGUUGAUGCCGCUGGCCGUCCCAUUAAUAUACCAAACCAGUCUUCGUCAAUCAGACCGUUCGAGUUCCCUUCAGGAUACCACCGGCUGUUUGGACCUGAGCGGAUGGCUAUGGUUGAGCCGCUAUUCAAACCCGGAGCAACUGCACAGUCUGGCUUACAGGUUCCCGAAAAUAGUUUGGGUCUCACCGAGCUCAUUUACCAGUCAAUUGGCAAAGUGGAAGCCCCCACCGAAGUUAUCAUGAAUUUGGUGUCGAAUAUUGUAUUGACCGGUGGUACCACUCAACUCCAGGGCCUGCCCCGUCGUGUAGAGAACGAUCUGAUUGCCAUGAAGCCUAACUCUCCGUUCAGGUUCCAUCUGGCUCGUGGAAACGUAACGUGGGCCGGUGCCCGAGUAAUGGCUUCGUUUGGCCAUUUCGAUAGUUCCUGGAUCACAAAGGCAGAAUAUGAAGAGAUUGGUGCCGAGCAGCUGGCUGAAAAACGGUUUAAAUAA